AGUAUCAACCUCUCAAAUGCGCGUGAAAUAAAAUCCAAAACACUUAGUCAGGGUAUUAAGCAUAUAUUUAUACUUAUAUUUUUCACCUCCUUUCUGACACUGCAUGUCAAUAUGGUGGUAUCCUUUGGAUGUCUCUUGGUUACUUUACUUUUAGGUAAUUUGGUGUCUUCUGAAAAGUAUGAUUUCAAGGAGAAGUUAAUAAACGUUAUUCAAAAUCCGCAAUCCUGGCAAGCUUCCGAAAGAACAUGCGACAGGAAUUAUGAAAAACUUGCUACCUUCAAGGACGAACAAGAAAUGUUCGAAGUCGAACGAAAACUUCACGAAUUCACCAACAGAAGCCUUGCUACUUUCUGGAUCGGAGGACGAGAGACCAAAUAUCAAUGGGUGUGGUCUCAUGAUCAGAGACCCCAGAUGGGUAGAAUUACAGGCUGCUUCCAAGGGAACCUGACAUUUGCAGUGUACACUAAUCUUCACAAUAACCACCCAGAACUGUGUACAGCUUUCUGUAAAAUAGUGCUAAAACGACCAUUCGCUGCGCUACAGGAUCUUAAAUGUUACUGUCUUUAUGAUACGACAAGUCUUCAGGAGACCCAGAUCUAUGAAUGUAACAGGGCAUGCGCGGGAAAUCCCGGAGAGUUUUGUGGCGGUCAAAAUCGUUCCUCCGUCUUUCCAACUUGGGAUUCUGUGGAAUGGGGUCUACACGAGCCAACUACACAUAAAUAUGGGAAGGACUGUGCCUUAUUAAUGUCCUCAAAGGAUGAAUAUGUUUGGUCCACAGAGUUCUGUAGCCAACAUCACCAAUUUAUCUGCUACGUUAAAGAGAGCGCGAUGUGUGAAUGGUUGAAACAACCAACCCCUUGUUUGUAUGUCGUGUCUGAGAAAACAGAUUGGUACACUGCCAGCUACAAGUGUAAUCAGAUGCAUGGGUACCUAGUGGACCGCGACGCCAUUUUCCAUCAUAAUCUGAAUCUCUCAAAUGUUUAUUAUUGGACUGGAUUGACAAGGAAGCGACAGAUCUGGACUGACGGUUCAACAAUUGACUUGUCUUUGAGACGCCAUAUUCCAUUUCUAAACAUCCAGGAAAAGUUAUGCAUCGCUUUGCAAUACAGAAAAGAUGGAGGAUGGGGUUUAACAUCGACAAGCUGUAGCAGAAAAUAUCCAUCACUCUGUCAGUCGGGACUAAGGUAUGCAUCGGAAGAUAUACAAGUAAAUGGUCCACCACAUUUUCAUAAUAAUACUCACACUCCGACAGAUACCACUCAGACUACCCACGUGACUUCAAUUAAAGGCGAAUCUCCCUACAUGGAGACAAAGUUGAUGUACUGGGUGUUUGUUCCAGCUGGAGCGGUAAUUCUGCUAUUUUUAUCCAUGGUGCUGGUUGGUUUUUAUAUCAAACGAUCAAGACAAGCCACAAUAACAGAAGGAAGUGUCGUUACCAAGACAACAGAAGAAAAAGUCGUUGAACCAUUUUAUUACAUACUUGAAAAGCGUAAUCAACAACCAAAAAGUGGGAUAUACAAUAACAUAUUUCUUGAAAAUCAUUGUAUUUUAAACUAUAAUCAACUUAAUUUCGAGGGGACGCUAAAACAGCUGGUUCAAGACAGUACAAAAGUACUUACAGCAGAUGAGAAGAGUAUACAUGAAAAUGACUAUGACACAAUGAGCUGUAAACUACACCAAUACGAAAAAUUAUCGCACGGGAAGAUGCAAAUAUACUGUGUUCAAGGGUUGUACGAAACUAUCACGUAAAGUCAUUAAAAUAUUAAAAUAA